UUUAAGAGGCAAGAGUGCAGUGAAUUUUUACAUAAUUACCUGCAAUUAAUGUUGCAUUAUUGUUUUUAGUGAUAAAUAUUGCAUGUGAAAUAUGACAUGCUGAAGCAUAACUAAACAGAUUUGCACAAAAUAGUAUUUAUGUUGUUAAAAUAGUUCAGAAUUGAAUAAGAGUGCAUCAGUUUCAUUAUAUUUGCAUGUUAGAAUAACUACAGCCUGUGUAAAUAUAGUCUAUGGUAAUUGUUACAGAAGCAUCUAUUAUUAUAAUAUUUUUUGUCAGUCAACAUGAACAACCCUGAAGACUGGAAUAAUGGACCGGAGCAACCGGGUAAAGAUAACAGUGAGAUUAUUUCCCGAAUGUUGACUCUUCUCGGAUUGGCUGCCUAUCGAUGUAUCUGGGACAGAAACUCUCAGAAGAAAAUCAAUCAGAUCCAGGUUAAACAUGAAAUGGACAUGAAGAUAAAAAACAUACAAAUAGCUCAGCUAAAGCGUGAUCUAGAGAGAAAAGAUAAGGCAGUAAAGAAAAAUGAAGAGAUGAAGACGUCAGUGGCUUUGAAGGAAGUAGAGGACAAGCUGAAGGAAAGACAGAAGGUCUUCUGCAGCUAUACUACACCCCGUAACCGGAGGUUUGAGAUAGAGAAAGAUCUAAUGAAUCUAGCCAAACAGCCGUGUUUUGCUCAUCUGAAUAUGGAGGAUGGACUUAGGAAUAUUUUUAAGCAUGAUCGCAGCUGUGAUGGCAUUUUUGACAAAGAUGACAGCAGGAAUGGGACACUCAUGGGGAAGUUCCUCUCUGAAUGGAAGCUUAACAAAAUCAAAUGAAAGUGGAAAGUGCUGUCCCUGGCAAUCAAACUAGAAAAUAAUAGACAUGGAAUCUGUUUAAAAUCAUCAAUUUUCCACAAUGCUUUUACUGUUUCACUGCUAUUACAUUUAAAAAUACAAUAAUGUCUUGUGGGCCAAAAUUAAUAGAAAUAAUACAAUUACAGGGGGUGUUAGAUGUAUAAUGUAAAUUAUACAUUUUAUAAUUUGUUACAUGUUAGAAGAAUUGUGUGAAUAUGCAUAAAUUGAUUGCUGACUGGUCGGUUUAUGUCAUUUGCCAAAUAGGACUGGGAUCAAAAACUUUAAUAUUAAUCAAAAAGUUGUUAAUAUAUGCUUAUAAUACUUAUCUAUGUUUAAUUUCAUAUAAAUAGCUCUUCUUUGUCCUUAGAAUUUAAAUAAAUUUGGCGUAUGGUCACAAGCUUUCACUUUUCAAGUUUCACCUCUCCUAUUUUCACCUCUCCUAGUGUUUGUCUUACAUACAUAAAAUAAGACUGUGUGUGCCACACCUUCUCAAGAAUCAUGUGAUCAUUUGCGGUUACAUGAUUCCAUAAUGGAAUCCAGAACAUAAUGCAAAGAACUUAAAGCAAAUCGUGGGAGUUCUAAACAGAUGAGAAUAGUCUGAGUCUAAAGAGAUUGAGAAGAAUUAUUGACAAAGACCAAAAGGAGAACAAAGCCAUGAUUCACAUGGUCUGCAUGCUAUUUUAGAGAAGACAUUUAUUAAUUUCCCCGAGCUUUUAUUCUCAUACAGAUUGAUUUUUUAAGCCAAUCAAAAUAUUUUUUUAUAAAUAAUAAAACAUUGUGGCUUGAUUUGGUUCAUUCAUUGCUUACAUUUUGCACAGUGCAACUGUUGGCAAGGAAAAUGUUUCUUUAUUUUCUCCAUAAUUACUUACCUUACUAAUGCUACAGGUUUCCUACAGUUACAAAACAUAUACACCCUGCUGAAAAAAACAAUAAAACCAUUACAGAAAAUUCUAAUGGUUUCCAUUAAAAUACCAAUAGGAACCAUUAGCUUUUACCAUUAAAACCACUACACUGUAGUGUGUUUUGGGCCAUAUUCCAUUAGAAUCCAAUAUAUAUUCCAUUAGAACCAAUACAUAGAACCAACAGAACCAAUACAUACCAUAAGAGACCAACAAAAACCAAUACACUGUAGUGUGUUUUGGGCCAUAUUCCAUUAGAACCAA